AUUUGGGAGCCAUGGGAGGGAGGAGAGUUGUAUUUAAAGCUACCAGGGAUGAUAAGUCCCUUCCAGAAGGGAAUCUAAGGAGGCAGCAAGUGAAAUGUGUGAUUUGGCAUAUUGAUGAAAGUGCUGGACACAGCUGAUAAACACUGUAGGUCAAGGCAUCCCUGGAAGGCAAUGGCCCCUUUAACAGAGAAAGGUGACAAAAGGGAGGACCAAAAAAUUGAAGUGCAGAAAAGAAGCUCUACCUUCACAAUGAGUACAGAGCAUGAAGCCUCCGUGUCUUCAUCCAUCAUAAAUGGCGUAUCUACUACCAUUAGCAAAGAGCAGGACAGGGCGGCUGACUACCCUGCUCGUACACGAUCUGUCUCUGCAGUAAAAAUAACCCCAGUGAAGAGAGUGAAAAGUUCUCCUGCCCUAAUGCUGGUGACAGGCACAGAUCCUUCUAAGGUUUGUGCAGGCAAAGGGACUGUGACACUGCACACAUCUAGCACUCACAGUAAUCUGGCAGCCUGCACUUUGGAGCCCACGGAUGUUGAGCAAGAAACACAGGAUACAGAAGCCCUGGACAGUGACGUAGAUGCCUGGACGACUGCUUGCUGUGAUGCAAAUGGAGACAGCACCACCUCAUCACUGGCAGCUAAGGGAUUCAGAAGCGUUCGACCCAACCUUCAGUCACAGAAAUCCCCCCAGUCUCCACCUAGCUUGGCAUGCCGUCCUUUGACUAACCAAAGUCCAUCCUUCCUUUCCCUCGCUCCAGGCACAGACUGUUUGUACAUGAGCUACCCCAAACCGUAUGUGCCUGCAGCAACACCUGAUUUUUGCAGUGGGCAGCUAAUGUCACAAAGCCCCAGUCUAGGUGAAAGGGCUUUUCAACAACACAUAGGUGUGCAGGCUUUGUCCAUGAACAGUGCUAGUGCUGCUCCCAAGUACCCCGUGCACGCUAAGCAACAGGAGACAUUGGUGACUGUAGCACCACUGACCGCUGACACCUCCCAUCCAGAGGAUAGCAUUAAGAAGAAGGUCACCAGCCUGUAUGUAGCUUGUUUGUCUAACAGCACUUGCUCACCUGAAGUGGCGGAAGCUUCCAAAGCCCCAGCACGUAUGGACACAGAAGACACCCAAAGUGCACCCCCUCCUAUUCCCCCCAGACCUUUCUUAGCAAAGGAGCCCCUGAUAAUGUGGCAGCCACAGGAGUCCUUGAAGAUGUGCAUGCCAGCUCCAGCAAUCCCAGUCAGUGAAGCCCUGAUGGAGCAGCAGUGCCUUAAAUCAAGCCAACAGCCUGGCAUGGAUCCCAGUGGGCAGGAGAAGAAGAGUGGCAGGGUGGAACCAUCUGUGAUUCCUGAAGCUUUCCCACCUAGCUCAAGUUCCACAACUCGCUCAUACUUUCCUUCAGCAGGCAAGCCUUCCUCUGCUUAUCCAUCCACAACAAUUGUAAACCCAACCAUAGUGCUUUUACAGCACAACAGAGAACAACAAAAACGGCUUAAUAGUUUGGCAGAUCCUUUAGCAGAAUGCCCCAGUGUCCUGCCUGAUGGGCACAGUGAACAGACUGAUAUGGAGGACAGGAACCGCCCAAGAAUGAAGCUCCUGCAGGACAUAGGAAGCAGUUCACUGGAUGGGAUAGGCAUACCCAUGAGGAAUACAGAGAGAUCCAAGGACUGGUACAAGACAAUGUUUAAGCAGAUUCACAAGAUAAAAGAUUCUCCUGAAGAAAACCCUUAUCAUCCUACCUAUAUAUUUCCUGAGCCCACUGAAAAGCAGAGCAGAAUAGAAGAAGACAACCAAUAUGUUCCAACCUACCAGUUUCCAGAGAGUCCACCUAGUACAAAUGUGAAAGUGGAGAACACUUACACACCAACCUACAUUUUCUCGGAGGUGGCAAGAAGGUUCCAAGCUGAAGAUGAUGACUCGGAUUCUUACUCUCCCAGACAGUCAUAUUCAGAAGAUGUGAGAAGUCCACCAUAUGUGCCAAGAUCAAAAAGUGCUGCAGACAUUAUUGACACUGAGGUCCCUGUGAAGCGGUCAGCUACUCUUCCUCUGCCCACCCGCUCAUCCUCUCUGAAGCCUUCCUCUGACCGGAACGAGUGGGAGCCUUCAGAUAAGAAGGUUGAUACCAGGAAAUACCGUGCAGAGCCAAGGAGUAUCUUUGAAUAUGAACCGGGCAAAUCUUCAGUGCUGAACCACGAGAAAACGACUCGGGAUAUAAGCCCAGAAGAAAUAGAUUUAGAGAAUGAACCUUGGUAUAAAUUCUUUUCAGAGAUGGAGUUUGGAAGACCGCCUCCAAAAAAGAUCUGGGAUUAUACUCCAGGCGAUUGCUCUAUUCUUUCGCUGGAGGAUAGACAGAGUGCACCUCUCAGCCCCCUGGAAAGCCAGCCAGAGCUCCAGCAAUACUCAAUGCAUAUGUCCAAUCAUAAUGAGACACCAAGAGAAUCAGAUCCAAUGGCUGGUGACCAUGUGGGCUCUGACAACGAACGUCUUAUUUACAAAAGCGUUCUGGAAGGCGGUGACAUUCCCCUGCAAGGGUUAAGUGGUUUGAACAAACGGCCUUCCAGCUCAUCCUCUACAAAAGUGGAUCAUAAAGGUGGGAAUGCUUACAUCAUUUCACCUUCUUCCAUAAAUAGCAGAACACUUAUUUCUAGCUAUGCUUUAGGUACUAAAUGUAAGCCAAAGACGCCACUGUUUGCUGCAAAAGCCUGUAUCUCUGAAAUCCUGCCAUCCAAAUUCAAGCCCAGAUUUGUGCCCCCUGUGGCCUGCAUGCAGGAGCGAGAACCUCCUGUCUCAGUGCACAUUAAAGCCCAAAGCUGUGAAGACCUGCAUGAUGGAUCAGCCUGCUAUAAUGGCCGCAGGGCUGAGAUGAUCCAAAGCACAGAGUCGCUAGUCUUAAAGGAGAUGGGCGAGUUGGGAAGGAGAAGUGGCAGCGCCAGCAGCCUACAGGAGUAUGGCUCUUGCGCACGAAAGCGGUUUAUACCGCCUCGCAGGAAUGCCGCAGAGUUCAGUGCCAUGUACAAAAACAUGCACCACAUCAACCGACAGGACCUGCAGAGAGGAAGUGGAGGCAGUGGUAGCGUUCGGAACAUUGCUUGCCAGUUUGAACAGGAGCAGAAGGCACAGAGUGAGCCAGGGGGCGGUGGUCCAGAUGAGCCAGGCGAGAUACCACGGCACACUGUGUCCUCUCGAGUGAAUGAAUUUGAACAGAUCAUCCAGAGGUCAAGGUCUUUACCAACACUGGAUACUGGAGGAAAGAGCCCAAGCCCAACACUGUGCAGACCGCACUUGAGCUCGGCUUUCUCAGCAGAGUCACUUCUGGAACCGCAAAGCAGAGCUAAAGAGGAGGAGGAGGAGACUGACGUUAAAAUCCUUGUGAAGAGUGCAUCUCUGUCUGGGAGUGAUGCUGAAGAUCCUGCGUCCUCAGAGUACAGUGAUUUGAUGCCCAUAGAUUCUCUCUCAACCUGCACAGACAAUGAAGUGGAUCGGCUUUCCAAUGCCUCUGCUGAGAGUUCCAACAGCAGCGUCCACCAUACACAUAGACUGAAAGCAAGCAAAUGCAAGGGCUCCUGUCCUGCCUCCUACACAAGGUUUACAACCAUCCGGCGGCAUGAACUACAGAUGGCUAAGGCCGAAGCCAAACUCGCUUCCCAAGAGAGCAGAAACCUCUUUCCCAGAAACCUAUUCCUGAUGGGACCACAGCCCUUCCGGCUUAAGAAGCCACCCCAGCAGGACCCAAAGAGGAAGAUGUGUCCCACAGCAGCACCCUGUCACUCUGCACAGCCACCUGAGUUGGCAAAGGAAAGUAACCUGAAGGAAGAAAGAGCAGACUCUGAAGAUGGCUCCUACCCAGAGGACCGGCCUCUCAUUCCUCAGCGGCAGUCCUCUCUGGAGGCAGUGGAACGACUGAGCCAUCAGAACAAUGGGGACAAGCCACAGGAAGAGCCGUAUGACUGCAUUGCAAAUGGCAACGGCACACCUAACAGCCUGGACUCCAACAACAAUCCUGAACACAAGAUGGCCAUUUUUCUCAGAGAUUCUGACUCUCUGCGCCAUUUUGCUCCAGUGGAGCACGUGGAUACACCUGAAGAAAUUGCCCGCAGGCGCUACGAUGACAAAGAGAAACUUUUAGAGGAGCAGAGAAGGCUUAAGCGUGAACAAGAAGAAGCUGAUAUUGCAUCUAGAAGGCAUACAGGACUCUUUCUAACACAUCAUCAGUUUAUCACUAAUGAUCGUUUUGGAGAUCUUCUUAACACUGACGAUGCAGAUAAGAGGAAAUCUGGGUCCGAGGUCUGUUCCAGUCACCUCAAUGCUCCGCUUGACCCAAAGCAAGAUUUGCCUCUCACACUGUGUUGCACUAUGGCCCCUGCCAGGGCACAAUAUGAUUUUAAAGCACAGACUUUGAAGGAGUUGCCCUUUCAAAAAGGAGACAUAGUCUACAUUUAUAGACAGAUUGAUCAGAACUGGUACGAAGGGGAGCACCACGGAAGAGUUGGGAUCUUCCCUCGGACAUAUGUGGAGCUGCUCCCACCUACUGAGAAAGCACAACCAAAGAAGACUCCGCCAGUACAAGUGCUGGAGUAUGGAGAAGCCAUGGCUAAGUUCAGCUUCACUGGAGACACGCCUGUAGAAAUGUCCUUCCGCAAGGGAGAGAGGAUCACAUUGAUCCGAAGAGUGGACGAAAACUGGUAUGAGGGCAAAAUCUCAGGAACCAAUAGGCAGGGAAUUUUCCCAGUGACAUACGUCGAUGUGAUAAAGAGACCACGCGUGAAGAAUUCUGUGGAGUAUCCAGAUCCACCUAUGAGCCGCUCUCCAAACCGCAGCUCCACUGCAUCACCGCAGUCUAAUUACAGCAGGCUUCUUUCACCUACUCCCCCUCUUUCAUCUGUACGUAGAGCAGUCACCCCUGACGUCCAGGCUAUCACUUCAGAGUGGAUUUCCCUGACUAUGGGGGUAUCUUGCAACAGCCCCUCUGCAGUUACUCCACCUCUGCCUCCUCUCCCAGAGGGUUUUUCUGUAUGUGGGGACUACCUCUCUCCAUCAGCGGCAGCUAGUCCUACACCUUCGGUCAGCAUCCCUUACUAUAGCCUUUCCGGCAGCUCCACACCACGCUCUGCCACCUCCCCGCCUCCACCUUACCCACCACGCCCCUACUCCUUCACACCCAGCAUCACCUGCACCCCUCCCAAGGGAGAAGAGCAUCGGCUUGCCUUUCAUUCACCCACUUCCCCAUGUCAUUCACCAACUGCCAUGAGCAGCUCGCAUACACCCUCUCCUGAUUUCACCAAGGCCCCUAGUCCAGAGCAGAAGCUGUUUUCUAUUGAGCUUGAAGAUGACAAGCUGUGCCAGGAGCUGCUCAAUAUUGUGCAUGGGGAGAGUGCUUCAGGAGGCACGAAUCACACACUCAGCAUGGCAGGCCCACUGAGUAGCAAUGAAAAGAAUGCUGACAAUUACAGAGAAAGCCAUAGCCCUCCUCUUCCACCACCAAAGGCCGCCUCUCUGGCUUAUUUCCAACCUUCUGCCACACAGGGCAGACCUCAGCCCUCAAUCGGAGCUGGGACCACCAUGUGCCAGCCCCUGAAAAACGAUGUCAUCUACCCAGGUGUGACUUCGAGAAGUCCUGUUCUGUCCACCGACUUUCCAGCAAGCAUGAUGAACACAAACUCCUACGCUCCUUCCCAUCAGCCACUGAGAACGGGACCUGAUCUCACAGACUCUGAAAAGAGUUAUGUGCAACCCCAGGCUCAGCAACGAGGGAGCACCCCAGACCGACCUCAGAUCAUCAGUGAAGUCUUCCAGGCUAUGUAUAGCUAUGUGCCACAGAACGAUGAUGAACUCGAGCUCCGGGAGGGCGACAUUGUAAACGUCAUGGAAAAGUGCGAUGAUGGCUGGUUUGUUGGUACUUCCAGAAGAACAAGACAGUUUGGCACCUUUCCUGGCAACUAUGUGAAGCCCAUUCAGAUAUAAAACACAGCUUUCUAUUGGACUUUUUAACUAGCACACUGCAGUAUCGGCAAAUAUUUAAAUAAAGCUUAUUUAGUAUAGUUAUGGUAACUUUAUUUUUUCAAAAAAAAAAAAAUAGAAAAAUGCACUUACAAUAGCGUCUUUCUUUACUGGCAAGAUGGACUGGGAAAGAGUGACAAAGGUUGAAGCAUGUGUCAGUAUGGUGUGAGGCGCAGUGGUGGUUCUGAGCAGAUAGCACUGCAGUCUGAAGGAGAAGCAGCAGGAUGGCAGCAUUGCUUUCAUGUGCUGGUCCGUCGGCGGCCUUAGUUAGUUAAAUAGGGCGUAUGAAUGUAGACGAGCCUUAGCCAGAAGGAUUUUCAAGUCUUUUUGUUGUUGGGGGAAGCGAACUAUCACUCUUAACAUUAAGACAGUUUGGCGGAAUAAUGAUAUCUGUGGAGCAAAAAGUCCAGCUUGCCAACUCCAUGACUGAAGGUUUGUUGCAGAUGUAAGAUGCUUUAACAGGUGCCAGAUGGGUAUCCUUUGAGACUCCUUCAUCUGCUGUCAAUACAUACUGCCAUUAAGCAAGUCUCGAACCUUGACCCAGCUGUCACCGUAACAAUCACUUACUUCAGAAAACAAACAAAAAAAUGGCUUCCAUCCUGAUACUGUGGUUUAGUUCUAACCUGCAGGAUUUUGAAGAGCGGCCUAAGCUAAUGCAGAGUCAAAGCUAUUUUUUAACUCGCUGGAGAGCGACACAUUUAGUAAUAUUCAAUUGAAAGCCUAUUUUUAUGUCUAAGUCUUUUUUUAGAGAGAAUUUAUUAAAGAGAAAUUUGUCAAAAUGAACUGUUUGCAGACAAUACUAUCAGCACCGCGGUUUCUAGCUUGAGCUUAGCACACUUGAGAUGAACACACUCUCCCCAGGUGAGUGUGGAGUGGGAGAAGCGCGCUUGAUAGAGCAUGAUGUAAAUAUGUACAUUUGCUUUUGUACAGAAUGUGUACUUAUCCUGUAUAGAAAAAAAAGAAUAAUUUAAUAAAGGGUUUUAUGAGAUGGGGGGAGUAGGGGGCUUCACUGCUAAAAGCGUGGCAGAGAUGGGCCUGUCUGAGUUCACAGAUUUAAAAAGCACACCUCACACAGUAACGUUCAGCACACAAGGCCACGGGCACUACUGACUUCAGACAAAGACGUACGUCAGACUGACGGGACUCUGCAGUUUUUUAUUUGCCUUUUGUUUUUUUAUUUUUUGAUUUGUCCCAUUCUCUCAUAGUUUUUAAACACCCCCACAAUUGUAUUUAUCACCUGUAGCAGUGUAUGAAAUUCCCAGCCUGACGCUGUUGUAUAUACCCAGCACUUUGAAUACAUUUUGUUUAACACUCUUGUUAGCUGCAGCUCGCUAAAAACACCAGCUGCAGCAUUUUGUGUUGAAUGUUUUCUAAUUGCAGUGCUUUAUGAUUUGAUAACAUUAACUUAAAGAAAUAAAGAGCAUCUAUUUACUGCUGUGGUUGCUAUUUCCCAUAUUAUGCAAUAUUCAAUAAAUUGUAUUCAACUGGCUUUGACUAA